AUGAGCAGUCGUGAUCGGUCUCGGGUGCCUGCACCCAGUGACGUCCCUCCGCAUCGAGAGCCACGCCGGAUGGGCGACGGUCGCAAUGGCGGUUUCAGUGGGCCCGGUGAGGCAACAAUGUCGCGGGCGGAGAAGUUCGAAGACGAAAAGAGACGAAUCAUUCAAAGCUGUUUCUCGAAGAAGGACAGCGAUGGCUCUUUGGUUGAAUCGUACAUAACCCAUGUUCGCAUUAUAGAAGACGCCGCGCAUCCGUCGACCCCUGCUCCUCCCAAUUCACCGCCUGAGAACAAAAAGCCUCGAGUUAUUAUCGUCGCUGUUAGGAGAUCAGGAAGAGUGCGCAUGCAUAAAGCUCGAGAGAACAACGAUGGCACAUUUUCUAUCGGGAAGACAUGGAUGCUCGACGAUUUGUCCUCGAUUCAGUCAUAUACCGGCUUUGUCCCGUCAACGCCACUGGAACAACAACACAAACAAUGGGCUGCUACCGUCGGCUUUGUAGUAAAUGUGGGGAAACCGUACUACUGGCAUGCUAGGAGUUCCAAGGAAAAAGAUUUUUUCAUCGGCAGUCUCGUAAAGAUCUAUCGGAAAUACACCGGCGGAAAAGUACCGAACCUCAUUGGGUUUGAUGAUCGCGAGAGGCAAUUGCUCGUUGGAAGCCCUUCUCCUGCUCCUCCGGGCUCGCGAGGCAUGGGUCAAGGACCUGCUACUCGCUCUCCCUCUUCGCAGGGCAGCCGGCCUCAGUCGCCAUACACUGGUCGCGCCCCCAGCCGCGAUGGCCCGCGCGAUGUUUCCCGUGAGUUCAGACGACAGCCUUCUGAAGAGCACGCUCUACGAGCGCAAAGAAGUCGAGAUCAGAUGCAAAGGCCGUCCACAAGCCAGUCGGGAAGAGUGCCUGCUCCUUCACCGUUGGGCCAAACUCCGCAACCGCCGGGAGCAGUUCCCCCUGACCCGCGAGAUGAACCUCCUCCGCGGUCAAAUGAACGUCUGCCCAAGGCACCCGUACUACCGCCACUGGAACCAAGAACCAAAGAGAUUCCUGAUAGUCUGGCUGCGUUUAAGCCAGUGUCACAUACACCAAGCAGCCAAGCAGAUCUUAGCCCAGACCGUCGACCGUCACCCUUGCCACAAGACGGAAAAGCUGGCCUAGAACCCAGACCUGCGCCUCGGACCGAGAACUUAAGCUCGAGUCUGCACGAGACUGAACGCGAUAAGGACGCUCGUCCUAGCACGGCUGUGUCUGUGUCUGCCGAGAACCCCGAUGUUAUGCGGACCGCGGCAAGCAGCAUGGAAGCAAAUAAGUCUUUGGGCGAGAGCAGGGGAACACUGUCAAUUCCAGAGACGCAGAUAUCUCAGGUCAUUGAUACACCAGCCGCUCCCGUCAAGAUGCACUCUCCCGACAUACCACCUGCACUGAGACCAGCUUCUUCGAGAAGCAACAAUGUACCUACACCAUCUGUGGCCGCUGCACCUCAGGAAACAGCACCAUCCGUGACUCCUCUACCCGCAGCUGAGGCGAGCGAGCCACCACGGGAGAGGCUACCAAGUCCACCCCCGGUCAGCUCUCCGGAAUCUUUCAAGUCUGUUGAAGAAGAGUCAGAUGCACACCGCCCGGGACUGGGCCCGAUGAUCAAGAAGAAACCAAGCAAAGACAUUGCGGGUGCGUUCCGCAAAGCCGCCACUGCCUACGGCGCGUUCAAACCUCGACCUGGUGGUGCUGGUGAGAGACUACUGGCCGCAGCGAAGAAACAGCAAAGUAUGUCAGAUGAACCGGACGGGAUCACCGGCGUCGUUCCCGCACCCUCGCUUCGGGUUGCAACUGAGCUCACGCCUGCGACUGCGUCUGGCUCGCCCGAGAAAGAGACACCCCCUGCCCUCCCGUCUCCGAUCAAAGAAGCGCCCUCUCCUGUGGCUCCUACCGCAUUGCAGCCUCCCACGGUCGAGGUUACACAACCUCCAGCGGCUGAAACUGCAAGGAUCGCUGUUGAAACUCAGGACGAAGCUAGAGAUACCGCCAGAGAUGAAGUAAAGGCUGUCGCGGAUGAAAGAGCAAGGUCCGUCUCUCCGUCACCGAAUGGCCGUCGUAGGCGUCGCGAAGACAACACUAUAAAGUAUUGUCAGGCGCUGGGGAUUGACUCGAAUAUCCUGGAAGGACGGGGUACAGACUUUGAUGAUAUUUUGACUGAUCUUGGCUGGAAUGGACGUUUGAGCGAUGACAAGAAGAUUGAGGAUCUCGAGGCAGAUAUUCGUCGUGAGAUCGGGCGCGUCGAGGCCACAAGCUGGCUUGGUAACCUCGAACAGCAGGAAGGCAAGGUAGACCAACUGGCAAAGUUAAUUGACAAGACUAUUGAAGAGUGCGAAGAGCUGGACGGCCUACUGACUCUGUACUCACAUGAACUCAACACAUUGCACGAAGAUGUGUCGUAUAUCGAGACGCAAUCUCAAGGUUUGCAGGUGCAGACUGCCAACCAGAAACUGCUUCACAAUGAGCUUCAAAACCUUUUGAAGACCCUUUCUAUCUCUGUCGUUGACUUGCAGCCACUCAAAGAAUCGUCGCUCAGCAAUCCAGAUGGUUUGAGAGAGAUCGAGGCGGUUCUAUCGACGCUAUAUAAAGCCAUGCUGAUGAUUGAUCCCGAUAUAUGGCAGAACAAGAAACGGUUGACUGAUGCUGCUGGGGAGCAAGGGAGCGUGGGGGUGUAUGCCGACACGGAAAUAGGACAGAUGCGUGCCAUCAAAGAGAAAAAGGAGGAAUACCGAGCAGAGUCUCGAAUGUUCCUGCAACGACUCCGUCAGUUCAUGGCUAUUGCCUAUAAGGUGGCCGAGCAGAAGAGGGUCGAUGCUGCAGCGAAUGGCCCCAAGGAUCCUCUCAAGUUGGAUAGCGAUGCUCGAGCGUAUUUCCGUCAAGAGUUAUGGAUGUACAACGCUUUGAUGCUUUUUGCCCGAGAGGUUAGCGGGUCCGAGUGGCAUGGACUGAUGAAUCUCUACGAACAACAAGCCAAACUGCCUUAUCAGAACGAAUUCCGGGACAACAACCUGGCGUGGAAGAGAGCCUGCAGAAAACCUAGUGGGGAAGAACAGGAGCUCCUCUUCACCCACCAGGAGAAAGAAAAGGAAAGCGAGGGCAUUACAAUGGCAGCACGUAAGUUGACGGUGCGACGGGGCAAAACGAUCAGGGCCGCAGCGGGUCUGCGGCUUACCCCUGGUGAGAAACAGCAUGGGAGACUGGAGCCCUGCGAAGUCUUUGCCGGCACACUUCAGGAAACGCUGAAGAUGAUCUCUGAAGAGCAGAACUUUAUUGUUCAUUUCUUCCACUUGAGCUCCUUGAUCAACAUCGAGUUUUCCGACUUCGUGGCCUCUGGCAACCCCGAUGAGCGACCACUUCCUGAUUUCAGCGCCAGGCAGCCGCAUGAUCCCGACCGGGGGAUGGCUAGGAAAGUGGAGCAGAUCAUGGACGAGCUCUACUCGUUCUGGUCGACGGACAUGCAGAACCUUGUGGACUGGGCCCUCCAACCGGAUCCUCUGCAAGGAAUUGGGAUUCUGUCUGCUCUGGAAAAGGCCAUGUCGGACUUUGAUGACACCAACCAGGAGUUCAUUAUUCGCUGCCUGCAGAAGCUGCAUUCCCGUCUGAAUGGCCUGUUUAAUCGCUUCGUUGACGAACAAAUCCGGGGAAUCGAGGACACCAAGGUCAAGGUCAACAAACGGAAGGGGGUCAUCUCGUUCAUGCGCGUCUUCCCUAACUUCUCUGCGGCGGUUGAGAAUAUGCUCUCUCAGCCGAACCAGGAGUUCUUUGACAUUCGGGUCAGUGUCAAUGAGGCUUAUGAUCGGAUCAACCGAGCUAUGUGGGAGUCUCUGAAAUUUAUUGCCAAGGAAGCACCGACCGGAGUGGGUGCUAGUGGGGGUGACCCCGAAGACAAGGAAGUGCUGAACUACCAUAUCCUUCUCAUUGAGAAUAUGAACCACUACAUUGAAGAGGUGGAUGUGCGCGGCCUCCCUGUCCUGGAGCGGUGGCGCGAUCGAGCGCACCAAGAUUACGAGGAACACCUGAAGCUCUACCUGGACCUGGUGAUCCAUCGACCACUGGGUAAGCUGCUGGAGUUUAUUGAUUCGGCUGAAGGGCUGAUGGCCGCGGGGGGUAACCCAGCGGACAUCGCGAGCCGACCCAGCCACUCCCGGUCCGUUGCCAAGAAGGUGUUGGCGAUGUAUGAUGGCAAAGAGAUUCGGCGCGGAAUUGAAUUGUUGAAGAAACGAGUGGACAAGCACUUUGGAGAUGCAGAUGAUCCGGGGCUCAGUCGCAGCCUGGUCUUAAAAGUACUUCGAGCGUGCGAACGGCGGUAUGAGGAAGCGUAUGAUCGGACGCGACACGUGUUGGAUGCAGUCUACGAAGGGCAACUUGAGCUGGAAUGGCGAAAGGAGGAUGCCAUUGUCAUGUUCAACCGGUAG